CCUGGUCAAGGUCCAUAGUGAAGUGGAUGACACUGUUCAGGAAGCAAGAAAUGCAGAGGAGAAGGCCAAGAAGGCCAUCACUGAUGCUGCUAUGAUGGCUGAGGAGCUGAAGAAGGAGCAGGAUACCAGCGCUCACCUGGAGAGGAUGAAGAAGAACCUGGAGGUCGCUGUGAAGGACCUGCAGCACCGCCUGGAUGAGGCUGAGAACCUGGCCAUGAAAGGUGGCAAGAAGCAGCUCCAGAAACUCGAGUCCAGGGUGCGUGAACUGGAGGCAGAGGUUGAGGCUGAGCAGAGACGCGGAGCAGAUGCCAUUAAGGGUGUCCGCAAAUAUGAGAGGAGGGUGAAGGAGCUCACCUAUCAGACUGAGGAGGACAAGAAAAACGUUGCCAGGCUGCAGGAUCUGGUUGACAAACUGCAGCUGAAGGUCAAGGCCUACAAGAGGCAGGCUGAGGAGGCGGAGGAGCAGGCCAACACUCAUCUGUCCAAGUGCAGGAAGGUUCAGAAUGAGCUGGAGGAGGCAGAGGAGCGCGCUGACAUCGCAGAGUCCCAGGUCAACAAGCUGAGGGCAAAGAGCCGGGACUCUGGCAAGGGAAAAGAAGCAGCAGAAUAAAACACACAAGAGUUU